AUGCAGAUUAGAAAUUCGUUGCAUUCUUACCGGUGCUACCCAAAUACCAGACACGUAGCACAUGAAAGAAGCAACUUUCCGGAGCAGAUCGGCCGAGUGUUGAAGCACGUGGUUAUUGUCGGAGUCGACGACGAGAAACCAAACAGCGUUGAAGACGCAGAGGCAUCAUUUUCUCCAGAUAGCAUAAGACCACAGAACUCAGAAGAAAGAAACGGUGACGAGAGUUGCGCAGUGCAACACGACCAUACGUUCGACAAGGAGAGCAAAGAGAAGAAUCAAGACCAGGGUUCACAACAACCGCUGGUGGCAGCGGACGAAGAAGCAGCUGCCAGUUCUGAAACACCACAUGUGGAAGGUAAAACACUGGACAACGGAAGCGAAUCCGAAGCGCUUGUAAAGCAGAAUGUUCUGGCGCAAAAACUGGAAGAAAGAGGAUCGCCUUCUGGAAAACAAGUAGAAAGUAAGCAACAUCAGCCAACAAACGAGAGCGCGAACAGUGAUCAGAACCAAUGGUCAGGCAAAGAGAACGCUGCUGUGGUUUCCUUGGGAGAUUUACAAGCGAACGAGGUUUUAGUCCAAAGCACGCCGUUGGAAGAGAAGGCAGGUGAACUGAUUUCGGAAGUCACGACACCGAAAACAAGCGACGAGAAAGUCGACGUCGAACUUGAAGAUCGUCCAUGUCAGCCGGCAGAGACAGCAGGAAACGAAAGUAAGACCUUGGCUACGCUGCAACAACCAACAACAGAACGGUCGAUGACCGGGACAGAAAACACGAAGAAGUCGAAGGAAACAGAAGAAGCGAAAGUCAACGAUGAAGACAUAGUUGAUUCUUCUGAAAAGUCAGUUGACAAAAACGAUUCCGGAUUUCCCAUGGAAGAUAACCAUGCCGGUUUAUCUGACCUGGAAAGUUUUCCGUUGCAAGAAAAGGUAACUGUUUUAAAAAUAACACUUCACCGGGAGAACCCUUCGUCAAAAUCAAAUCGACGUCGUGUCGUAUUUACGUAAGC